UUCGCCGUGUUGACCGGUACUUUGUAACCUCCAAGCUCGUUGUGUGGCACGCAGUAUUCACCCGUUGUAGAUGCAUCUGAAACAUGCUUAGACCGCCAUCAAUCAAGUCGUUCAAAGGCGAAGAGGGAGAAGCACUGAAGUAACUGCCUUGCUGUAAGAUCGUCUUAAGUGCCAGGCUAAGUUGCUAGAUGUAACGGCAACCAGGUUGGCUGUUGAUAGUUGGCAAGUCAGUACACGGUAUAGUGGUGUAGAUAUAUCAAAACAGAGUGCCCUGCGGGUGGGGGGAUGAGCUGUUUGCAUGAGCCCCGGAGACGCAGUCAAGCAGCCAGUUGGCAGUCGGUGAUGUGCCCGAUCCCUGACAAAACUUGCAUAAGGUAGCACUUUUAUAUCUUCCGCUGCAAAUCGCCAACUUCUGUCUCGUUUGCUGGCGCCGAGCAGCCUUCCAUGAUGCUACUUUGGCUUUGUAGAGCUACCGACUCGGCGGAUGGACAGGAGCCAGCCCCAGUUAGGUGCGCUCAGGCGACUUUAUGGCUUAUAAGCAUGCACAUGCGAAAGAGUGCUGUCUUCUCCGCUGCCAGCUUGUCCAUUCCAACGGUUUGCAGCAGCCUCCUUUUUUGUUAUUCAUUUUAUACCCAUCGUCGGCCUCUUUUUUCGUCUCUUUCGUCGUCGUUGUUGUUGUUGUUUCUUUUUUCCUUUUUUUGCUUAUUCUGUGGAUGUUGAUCCCUGCACGUGACAGGAGCUUGGCAUAGUAUAUUACGUAAUAAAUUAACACCCCAAAAAUAACUCCGACGAGCCAAAAGUCGAACUUCAAACAAACCGACGAGAGAGCAGAAGCAAGAGGACGAAGAGCAGAAGACACGGCGUAUCGCCUGCGGAGCCUGUGAUGACCUCCUGCUACACGACAUGGCUACUCAAGACCUGGCCAGCGACCCUAAAUUCACCGUUUUCAUUCGCCUACCGUUCCCGCGAGGCGACUUUGUUGAUCCACCGCCAGUGAGUUUCGUCAUCCAUAGAUCUAUAUGGAUAGUGAGCUAUGGCUGUUGGCUCGACUCCAGCCCCUAACAUGCUUGGUAUAGGUGAACUGGGAUCCCGCUAAUGAUAGAAUACUGUGGGAUGUUCUAUCUGCAGCCCCUAAAGAAGGAGUAGACUGGAAAGCUCUCGCGGAGAAGUUCAAUGUCACCCUGCCAUUCUUGCUCCAACAUGUUGCCUGGCUAUAUGAUCGGCGGCUUUCUCAGGUGAGGGCGCAGUUUCGGAGAGUCGGGCAACAGAAUCCCCUUUCUGGGCAGACUACGUCUGCCGGCAGCGGUACUCCUGGAGGCAGUGUACCUAUGAAUAGAUCUGGCAGUGACGGAUCUCGCAUACAAUCUAGGUUGUUUGCGCUCCAGCGAGAUAUGUCAGCAACCAGGGCAGAUAAUAGCAGCCCUCAGACUCCCAAUAUAUCUCAGGCUCCGAAUUUUCCCCGUCCAGCCUCUGUCAGAAACCAGUCGUCUGGAGAUGCGGUCGCCACACUACCCAAGCCAUCCAGGCGAAGCUCGGGCGAAAUACCCCAGCAAAGAGGGAGAGGAGAGGCAAGAACCAAGGUCCUACCGCCAUUAUCUCCAAGACAAGGCGAAGACAGUCCUGGAUCUUUAUCCUCGUCAAGUUCAAGCUCAGACUCUGAUGAAGAGUCCAACCGGCCGCAGUAUAGGCGGUAUGGGAAAUUCUCCAUGGUCCAGAAACGAGCACCACCCAAAGAUGAAGAGGAACAAGAAGAAGAAGACUCUCCUGCUUUUCUCCCGCUUGAAUCUAUACACGAGACAGGAAAAGCUACAUCUCAUAGCGACCCCGCAGCGACGUUACGCGAAAUGCCGCAACAACUCAAGCAUCAAGGCCGACAAGUAUCAGGCGGCGUCACUCCUCUAGCAAAGACAAAGCAAGAUCUGCCAGAAUCAUCCACAACGAGCUCAAGUUCUAGCAUGGCAACGGGAUCAUCUGCCAACGAACCGUCCACUUCCCGCCGCCCCACUGGGCCAGUGGGGCCGCUGAGCCCACGCAGAACUGCAGAGCUGUCUGGACGAAGUCCUCAUGGACGUGGUAGUGAAGGCACUCCGAGCAUGGGGAGCAGCUUUAGCGAUUUGGAUGAUGCCAGUGUUUCUCAGUCUGCAUUGGAAGAAGCUCUGUUGAGUAAUAUGCGUAGUGGCGUUACCAGCCGGAUGAGUACCAUCAGCCAGGCUCUACGAAGCAGAUAUCUGUGA